AUGUCGUCGUCGAAGCGGUGGGCGUCCGCCUCCGGCACGGAGCUCCCGGGCCGGUCUCCCCCCCACUCCGCCGCGCUCUCGCCAGGCCGCCAGAGCGCCCGGCGCUCUGUCUCGCGAUCGGACACCGCCCCAGGCUCCGGCGGCGCGGCGUCCAUCGCCCGCACGCUCUGGCCUUCCUCAACCUCCAGCGGCAGCAAGAGCGGCAAGAACAAGGCGGCCCCGCGCGCGCCGUCGCCCUUGUCCUCCGCGUCGUCGUCGUCGUCCGUGGCCGCCACGCUCGCGGACCACCUCGCCAAGGACGACGCGCCGCAGUCCCUCUCGCGGCAGCGCAGCUGCACCGAGCUUCCGCGCUUCGCCGACGCGGACGCGGAGGCCCGGAAGAUCGGGAAGUCCUCCGCCGGCAAGGGCGGCGGCCACGCGUUCGGGCGGUCCAUGCGGUUCCUCCCGUCCACCAAGCCCGCGGGCGUCACGCUCACCCCGGGCCGCGUCGCGCCGUCCGACCUCCGCAGGCUCGCCAACGGCGGCCUGUCCCUGGACGCCGCCAGCUCCGGGUCGGAGUGCAGCGACGCCUCGAGGAGCUCCUCCACCACGCCGAGGACGACGGCCUCGAAGCCGCUCUCGCCGUUGCUCCCCCGCACGAGCUCGGUCCGCCUGCUCGGCUCGAGCAACACGCAGUGGGCGCUCUCGCCGGGGCGGCGCAGCGGCUCGCCGCUCAAGGCGGCGACGACGCUGCCAACUGUGCCGGAGGCCAAGGGCAGGAAGAGCCUGAUCAGCCUCGGGUGGGGCCAUAUCUUCCACCGGAGGAAGCACGCGGCCGAGGACGCGUCCAUAGCCGCGGCCGCGGCCACCUUGCUGUCCUCGCCGGUGUCGACGUCGCGGAGCAGCACCGGAGGCGGCGGCUCCGAGGCCGGGCACCAGAUGAGGAUGGCGCACUGCCGCCUCCUGCAGUGGCGCUUCGCGAACGCCAGGGCCGAAGCCGUGCGCAAGAGGAAGCAGGCCAGCGCUGAGCUGGACUUGAUGGGCGCAUGGGCAAGCGUGUCGGAGGUGAGAGGGAAGGUGGCGAGGAAGCGGGUGCAGCUAGAGAAGGAGAAGCAGAAGAUUAAGCUAAACACCGUGCUCUCUUUCCAGAUGAAAGAUUUGGAGAGCUGGGGGAAGGUGGAAACCGAACAUGCCGCUGCCCUGGCGUCGACCGUAGGCUGCACCCGGGCAGCCGUUUGCAGGCUUCCGCUCACCAACGGUGCCAAGGUAUCCCUGCCACCAUUGGCGACCAUUCUACAGCAAGCGGUUGAGUUCGCGUUGACGACCAAGGCAAUGACGAGAUCAUUCGGUCCCAUGGCUAAGGACACGGCGUUGGUGAUCUCAGAGCUGGUACGUGUGGCGAGCGAGGAGAAGGCUCUGCUGCAGGAGUGCCUCGAGCUUCUUGGCCGGGUCUCUGCACUGCAGGUUGAGGAACAGAGCUUGCGCUGCCAUCUAGUGCAGUCGUCAUCACCUAGCGCUGUGACCGUGGAAUGUACGCAGGCACUUGGAUUCUAGGACCAAAUCCAUAUAGAUGUGCUCUAGGCUUUUCUAGUAAACCCAGAAUAGAAUCAUUGCAGCAUAGCCGUAUAUCCAGAUGUGCAUAGAAGGGUAAGAUCAAAUCAGAAAGAC